UACUUUUCAAUGGCUUGUAAACAUUGAGAAAUAAUGAUGUCGCUGUUUUACUUUCCUCUGUGAUUCUUAUUAAUCUUUACAGUAAAUCUAUGGUUUAAAUCUAUAAUUAAUAGAAUCCUUUUAAUAUAUCGAUCCCCAUAAUAAGCUUAGACAAAGGCCAACCAUGUCGAAGCCAGAGAUAAACGGUAAAGUUCUUAAUUUAUUGAAAGAACUCCAUGUGGGUCUCUCAAGUACCGACCCAUAUCAAGUGAUGAGUUCCCUGGACACUGUUGUGGCCCUUAUUUCAGCUUCUAAAAUUACUGCAGGAGACGAAUGUAAUUUAACCAGGAGGACUCAGGCUUCCAGUGAUCCCUUACUCAACCAGUAUUUUCCAAGUUAUGGCGAAAAAUCUCAAGCAAGAAGUUGUUUCCUUCAGAACCAUUUUUCGCGUUUUGUUGAUGUUCUUCUGUCGAAACUUUCUCUUGAAUGGGUGGAAAAACUGGACAAAACCAAGCUGGAUGUUGCUUUAAAAAUCGUAUUCUUACGUGGGAACCAUUCCGCAUCCUUUCUCUGUCUUAUGCAUCAUAUUUGUUCUUCCAGUGCCGGCUACAAACUUAACCGUUGUGUAUUAUUAUUGGAGAACUUUGUCACUCAGCACUGUUUAUUGGAUGUCAUGUGGGCUGAGUGUGUUGUAGAAAAGGGUUCAUUUCCACAGAAUGACAGUGUCAAUCAAGAAUUAGUUAAUGCCAUUAUCUCAUUGCCUUCAAGAACUGCUAAUAAAUUGAAAGAUCAAAACAGUUUGCAUUUUUAUCCAACGUCUUUCACCAAACUGCUGUGCCAAGAUAUGCUCCAAGUCCUACACAAAGCUCAUCAAACAGUUAGUAACAGUGAAGAUUGUUCUCUUAUGUUUCUCUGCCAUUUAUUUGCUUCCCUUUGUUCUUCGGGUUACUCAGACGAAUUGUGGAAUGGAACCCUACCUGAACUGAUGAAGAAUGCUCAAGAAAGCUUUCUGUGGCAACGCUUAUGUAAACGGCUUGUGACCGGAGCACCAGACCGUUCUAUUGAAAGUGUGAUUGUACCGCUUCUGAUGAAAGUCCCUUGGUAUGGCAUUGUUGAGAUGUUUCUUGGUGAUGUCAUUCUGGAGCGACCCAAAGUCAAAUACUUACUCUGUACCAAGAUCUUACUUCAUCGAUAUUUUACCAAUACGAUAUUGCUCCAAAAUAUUCUUGGUUAUUUGGCUUCUUCUUCCAACCGACGUCCUCUCUUCUUACAGGUAAUCAAAAACCUUGUGAAUGUGUGGGGUGACACGAGUGCCAUACGACACACCUCCUAUGAACAACACUACUAUAUUUCAUCUGCUAUUGUCAUCUCUAACGGGUUCCUCUCUGAUAAAGAAGACCAAUCGCUACGGAAAGAUCUAGUCUCGUCUAUAAUGUAUGGUAUGCAGAAUCACCUGGAAAGCAUUAGCGGUGACAUUCAUCGUCUCGGAAUGGUAGUCACAGAACUGAUGGUUGCCAAACUUCAACUUGAUGGGGCUGAAUUGAAGUUCGGUUAUGAAAUGUCUGAUGAUAUCAAAACACUGCAGCAGUUGGCCAUUCCUCCAGAGAAACCUAAGGUGGCUGAGAAAAUUAGUGAAGUAUCUGAAAAUAUCACAGAACCUUCUGAAAAUGUGACAAAGAAAAAGGAUCAGGAAAAAAUAUCGGAGAAUCAAGAAUCAGAUCUUGAUAGUGAUGAUGACUUUGAACCCUUCGACAUGUCACAUGAUAAGCAAGAACAGAAAGUGAAAACACCAAAAUACUUAAGGGAUUGUAUGGAAGGUCUGAUUGGAACUGAAGACCCAGAACGUGUUGAAGCUUGUCUGAAAGUAGCUGAAGAAUUGAUAUCUUCAAGUCAUUAUGGUUUGACAGAAAUUGCUGCAGAAUUUGCUAAAAUACUUCUUCACUUGACUGAAAGUCAUUCCUUUAGCAAUUUAUUAGAAUGUAGACUUAGGGCUCUUGUGGCUCUCUUAGUAGAAUGUCCUGUUGAGACAGCCACCUAUUUGACAUCCCAAGUCUAUGCAAGCAAUUACAACAUUCGUCAACGGAUGGACACACUGGAGGUUCUGGCCGUUGCAGCUCAACAACUUGCUUCACCCAAGAAAUCAGCGAAGGAUAAGAAAACCGUCGCAGAAAAUCCUAUAAAAGUGUCCCUCAUUCAACCAGAGAAAGCUACGUAUAAUUGGCGUGAAGUUGUUCAGAAGCGAAUCGACAGCAAGACCCGUCGUUUUGGUAAAGGUCACAACCGACAACAGCCAGAGGUUGUGGUCAACCGGUUCUCAUCGGUGGCUGGACAUUUCUUUUAUCCACUUAUUAAAAAUUAUGAUAGGAAAGAUAAUUGUUUGGAUCUUUUGGGAGAAGAUUGCAUGGUUUUGGAAAGACUUCUCAUGACUCUAGGAACUGUGGUCUACAGUGCUGUCAACACAAUGGCUGUGAAGCGGAUGGGACGUUGUCUUUUGGAAUUCAUUUGGCCUCUUCGUUAUCAUCCACAAAGUUCGGUUCGAAGAGCCAUUUUAUUUGGUGUUUCAGCAGUUUAUUUGUCAGUGCCCAGCCAUGUUUUAUUGGAAGAGAUGGAAGAAGAUAGUUUUGAUUUCAGACAAUGGCUGCAAGAUACUGUCAGAGAAGAUCCGGAUACGGAAUGCCAAAAGUUGGCCGUACAAACCAUGAAGAUCCUCCACAGCGUCAUGCAGCAGGAAUUAUCAUCAAACAGCUGAUUGAGUCUGUCAUUUAGAUCUGUUUCUAAAUGAUGGUAUUUACACUGGACCAAGUUGUGUAUUUAUUUCACUGAAAUAUGAAAGAGAGACAGAGGGAGAAAGA